AUGCCAGCAGCUCUGCGCCGUGGGCCUCCGACACACAGCGCACGCUCGACGACAACAGCGUCGCUGGCGUCCACCAAUGCCAGGCAACAGCAGCAGGCUGGUCUGGCCAAACGACUGCUGUUCCCCAACACCCCACCUGGUUCCGACCUGCCUCCGCUCUUCUUGUCGCCCACAUGUCCGCCUGAACUGCAUGCUGAGGUCUACGAUUUCAUCGCGCUGUCUUUGCGAGCAUAUGUCAACACGUGGUGGACAAAGAUCACCCGCUACGACAAGGAGUUUCUCCCCCAACUCACCAACGUACUCGUCCAUGUCAUCCGGGUGCUCGAACAACGUAUACUCAGCGCAGAUCUGUCAACCCUGGUCUUCUGCGACGUCCCAGCUCUCGUCACCGAACACUUCAUAGACUACCGACAUGCCGCUUCUAAGGUGUCUACUUCCUAUGCGACUGGCGGCGCUCACACCGUACCUCAGCUUUUCCAUCUGUUUCAACCCCACCUGGCUGUCUCUCCAGAGGGUAACAUAGACGAGGAGUACUUCAGACAUGCUCUCGAUCUCGUUCUCAAAAUAUGCCUGCCUCCCGAGGAUUAUGCACCCGAUGCCGAAAGGUAUAUCAUCCGGGAAGUCCUCCUCAAGCUCAUUGUUCGAGACAUCAUCCCCCGAGUGACGCAACCCUGGUUUAUCCAACAAACCGUCCUCGACUUGCUCGGACCGCCUCCAGAGAAAGACGUGCCUUCCCAACCCCCACACGCUUCAUCUUCCAGUUCGCAUGGCCAUUUCUCCCAGCUAUCCAACUUGAUCGUGCUGCUCCUCUCGACCAUCCAGUCCCUGUCCGGUGCAUGUCUUGCCCUUAUCCACGUAUACAAGCAAGCUAUAUCUACUAUCAAACUUGUUAACGAGUCUACUGCCACGAAACACCCGAGGGCUGCAAACGCGACAUCAAAUGCAUCAAGACCGGAGGUGCCGCCUUCAAAACGUCAAAAUUGUACUAUACCGAUGUCUCGCACGUCGUCUUCCUCAUCUGUUCCCUCGACGAAUACCCCUGAGCGCUUGCCCGAAGCCACGGCUGUCGAAGCCCCUCACGAUUUUAUUCGGGGACUGCUAGUGAUGUUCUGUGAAAUAUUCAGGAUGCAUUGGCGCUUUUCCAGUGCAGUAGCCUUCAACUUUCUGUUCAUGUUGUGUACUUGUUUCAGGACGUUUAUCAACAGCUUCCUAUCCUACAUGUUGUACAGCCAGGUGUUAUCUUUUUCAUCCAUGCUAUCGCUCGUUCGUCUAUCGAAGCGGACGUUGUUCCCAAAUGGUUAUCCCGGACCGCCCCCGGUGGAUCCAACGCCGGAAGAACAAGCCAUGAUUCGUCGAUUGCUGAUCCGGAGGGUCUCAGAGAUGUUGCCGGUUCCCGUAUCGACUAUUCUCCUGGGAUCGUCACCGGUUGCGUCACUCGAAGCUGUCAUCGAUCCCUUAAGUGACAACACAUGCAACAUCCAUCUGGUCGUGUUUUUGUUUGAUGCCGUGUUGUUGACUGUAUUUCCUGAGUUAGGGAUGCAAGGGUCGUCGUCCAAGAUGGAGACAGUGAGCCCUGGUGUCCUCUCGGAGAGUCUCGAGGGUGGAGAAGGCGACGUGGAAAGCAUCGCUGAGGAUAUGCCCACGCCAUCUAGUCUAGUAGACAAGUACUAG